GUUAUUGAAACUGAGUCGUGCAAAAACCAUAAAGGCUGUGUGCCACAAUCAAGUGUGAAUUAACAGCCAGAUUUCAUUUGCUGUGCUUUUUCGGUUCAAAUCAACUUUUGGUUUGCAAAGAAGUUUCAUUCAACAACGGGAGGACAAGGAAGAUGGCAACUUUUGAGAAGGCCCCCUCGCCUGAACAGCAGGUCCGACUUAUAACAUGGUACAUACCCCGCUCUACCUCCACCGUUCUGUCCAAGUGCCUUGGCUCCGUCGAAGACACGAAGGUUUUCCUGGGAAUGUUUGGAAACGCCAUGCAACAUGAUGCGGAGAAGACAGAAGACGGAGCGGUUAACGUCUCUGAAAUCGGGCAGAGGUUAAACGCAUUCUUUGAGGUGACUGACGUAUCGGGGAUUGAUGCGUCUCAGUUUACAUACCAGCGGAUCAAGGAGCAAUUGGAGGAAGCCCAUCCUGAGAAGAGGUUCAUCUUCGCCAAAGACAUAGCAUUUGCAAUCACGGGCCACCCGGAGUUCAUCCCGAGAGGUUACCGUCACCUCUUCCUCAUCCGUCACCCCCUUAAAGUCUUCGUGUCUAUAAAGAAGGUGCUCAUGCAGAUAGUGAAGGAUGUGUCUCCGGAGGAGUUACGCAUAGAUGAGCUGCCUCCGAACUUCCUCCCGAAAGGUUUCGGCUACAAGGAGACCUUCGAGCUGUUUGAGCACAUCAAGAAGGAGAUCGACCCAGAAGCGAUGAUCGUCGACUCUGAUGACCUUCUCCAAGAUCCUAAAGGAAUCCUGUCAGCAGUCCUCAAAGACAUCGGGCUGCCCUUUGAUGAGAAGAUGCUACACUGGGAGUCUGGUGAUGCAGUCAACAAGGAUUGGGUCAUACCUCGUGAGGUCUUACAAGCGGACACUAAGGUAAAUUUCUACAAGAAGGCACUGGACAGUACCUGCUUUCAGAAGCCCAAUGCUCUUCCAGAUCGCGCGUCCAUUUCCCCUGACAUCCUUCGUGUAGUAGAUGCCUCCAUGCCGUACUACGAGAAGAUGUACAGCCAGCGCUUAUCGCCAUAGUCUUUGAUAAUUAUGAAGGGGCCUUAAAGAGAUUACAACACAAUAAGCCCAAAGCUGAUCCCACAGCUCAUACUAAGUUGUAUUCACUUGAUUCAGAAUAAUUUUAAGAAGUUCGUAUAGUACAAGCUGUAGCACUAACGUAAUAAUUUGUGCUUAUGUAGGGAAGCGUCUUUUAGGAGGCACCGUAUUUGGAACUUCUUAGUAGGUAUAUUCUGGUACUACAGAGUCCACACAGUCGUACACUGACCUGAGGUUCGGGGAACUUUAUAGCAUUUAGAACUUACACUUGGAAUUAAGAACUUUAUAGCAGUUAAAACUUUACACUUGGAAUUAAGAACUUUAAAGCAGCUACUUCUUUACACUUAAGCUUGAGAACUUUAUAGCGGUUAGAACUAAUUACACUUGGAAUUAAGAACCUAAUAGCAGAUAGAAUUUACACUUGGAAUUAAGAACUAUAGCAUCUAGAACCUUACACUUGGAAUUAAGAACUUUAUAGCAGUUAGAACUUUACGUUUGGAAUUAGGAACUAAAUGGCAGCUAGAACUUUAUAGAAGCUUUAACUUUUGGACUACUAAAAACUAUUUGACACUUUACUUUUUAACUUUAUAAGAAAUUUACUUCACAAACUCAGAAAUUCGACUUCGAGCUUGUUGAGAUUGAAUCUUGUUUAUGUAGCACUGUGAGCCUAAAUUGAGAUUUAUGUCAAAAACCAGAAAAAUUGUAAUUUCUCGGUGAAUUAACAAGUACAAGAGAACAGGAGAUCACAUGUCAACAGAACUGGUGUCGUUCGGAAAAAAUGAAACUUUAUACACGAUCAACACUGUUUUGUUUUCGCUCGGUUGAGAAAACGUGUCAAGAGUUUUGUUAAAAGACAAACGGAUUUAUCAGAAUUGUCCUCGACAGGAUGUCAGAGGUGCAAAAGUUCUGUCAACUUUUUCUGAUUCAUCUAUAUGUCACAAAUGGCCUCCCUUAUGAAAUGGUCAGAACUUAUUAUUUGAUAGGAUCAUUUGCAUUUACCCCUAAAUUUGAUAGGAUCAUUUGCAUUUACCCCUAAAGUGACCAACCAAUUACCAAAAAGCUUAGAGCAUACUUGGAAUAAAGAUUGUCUCAGGUACUAAACACUCUGUAAAAUCAAGAAAUGUAGGUGAUUUCCAACGAUCAGUCAAUUGACUGAUUUUUUUUGGAAAUAAAGAGUGAUAUCGACGAA